AUGCCUCGAAUCGGCACAGUAACCCGCUCCAGCGCCCCGAUCGUAAUGCUCGGCGCAGCCACCGGCCCCCACCCUCCCGCCGGCGCCCUGCAGCUCAUCGGCAGCCUGCAGAUCCUCUCCACAGUCAACCCGCCCUACGUCAUCCCGGGCCCCUUCACCGUCGCCUUCUACGGCGACUACGCCCGGGUCCUGCGCGGCUGGGGCUGGGACACCACCUCGGACGGCCUCCUGGAGAACACCAGCGCCCUCUCCACCAGGAUCCGACUCCCUGAGGCGCUCUAG